AUGGUUUACUAUGUUCGAUUCCUGAAAACCCCAAGGAUUCAGCAACAGAAAGGGUCCAUCUACCUCUCCGCUCUUAUCUGCAUCACAACUGAUCUGGGAGACUCUUUUCUCGCUGAAGAUGUUGAUUUGAUGCUGAUAGCUGAGAAUUCCUCUGGGGUUAUGUUUCAGAAAACGACAAAAUGGAAUGCCAGCAAUCGCGAACUUGCUAUUACUCUGGGUCCUCUUCCAUUCAAUCUGGCCCAGCAGUCUAUGGUGUUGACGUGGUUGCUGCAACAAGUGCCCCAUUUGGACCUCAAUCGGCGCCAGCGGAAAAGCUGGUUCAACGGUACAUUCAAUACAGCGGCCGCGAAUCACUCCCCCAUAAAAAUCUGGGAAGAGACAGGAAAUAGCAUUGCUCGGCACAUAUGGGAUGCGGGCCUCGCAACAGUUACAUAUCUUUACAUGAUCUGUGAGAACAUAAAGAAGAAGAACAAAGGCACUGAACCUAAAAUUCCAGCUUUGAAACGGGUUCUAUCCAACGCUCGCAACACACCUCUUCAGGUAGUUGAACUAGGGGCAGGAUGUGGGAUAGUGGGAAUUGCAUUGGCAUCAAUGCUUCCCAACUGUUCGGUCCUACUCACGGACCUCCCCGAGGUUGAGGACAUAAUAACACGCAAUAUUAAUGCUGCCCAACUCGCAACCAUGUCCAGUCUUCAUUAUCAAAACCUUGACUGGGACGACCCACCGAAUGAACUCUGCCCCCAGCCCAUUGAGCUCAUUCUUGUUUCUGAUUGUACAUACAAUGCAGACAGUUUGCCAGCGCUAGUCUCUACGCUCGACCGAUUGGUUCAGACAUCCCCAGAGGCAAUCAUUUUGGUGGCCUUGAAGAGAAGACAUGACAGCGAAACGGCGUUUUUCGACUUGAUGCAGUCGGCGGGAUUUACGGCGGUGCAGGACAGCGUUGAGAUCCCCUCGCAACACGAGGAGGUGGAUGAGAUUGAGUUUUACUGCUACAGCCGGCCAACUGGGGAAAGAUAG